CAAUAAAAAGGGAGAUUGGGAUUAAAUCAAAUGGAUGAAAGAGGAGAAGAAAGAAGAGUAGUACUCAAUAAUUACGAUCUACAACAAGUAACAUCAUCGUCGACGACGAUCCAAGAGAAUAUGAACUUCCUCGUUCCAUUUGAAGAAACUAAUGUCUUAGCCUUCUUCUCUUCUUCUUCUUCCUCUUCUCUCUCCUCUCCUUCUUUCCCCAUCUACAACUCUUCUUCUACCACUAAUACUACUCAUGCACCUCUACGUUUUUUUAAUAAUCUUCAGGGUGGAGGACCAUUGGGAUCAAAGGUGGUUAACGAUGACCAGGAUAACAUUAGAUGUGGAAUCAACAAUGAUGGGCAUUCUAAUUCUUGGUGGAGAUCAAGUAGUGAGAGUGGAGAGUUGAAGAACAAAGUGAAGAUACGGAGGAAACUAAGAGAGCCAAGGUUCUGUUUCCAGACGAAAACCGAUGUUGACGUUCUCGACGUUGGCUACAAAUGGCGUAAAUAUGGUCAGAAAGUCGUCAAGAACAGCCUCCACCCCAGGAGUUAUUACAGAUGCACACACAACAACUGUAAGGUGAAGAAGAGAGUGGAGAGGCUGUCGGAAGAUUGUAGAAUGGUGAUUACUACUUACGAAGGUCGUCACAACCACAUUCCCUCUGAUGAGUCCACCUCUCCUGACCAUGAUAAUUGUCUUUCUUCCUUCUAAUCUUUCUUUACUUAUAUAUAGACAGAUUGUGGAUGUGUGAUAUAUUUCAUAUUUGAUAUGGCAUGUGCUUUUCAUCAGAUGUUUUAUAUACUCUUGUCUUUUGUUUGUAAUAGACUUAUAUACUCUCAAUGUAGAUUAGUUUUGAUCA